AUGUAUCACCGAAAAUCGCGCAUUCGAGACAGUCCGAGAAUAGGAACCUGUGAUUGUCUACCGCACCUUGAAGACUUUCAAAGAUCACUAGGAGUACAUGUUUUUUUAGUAGACAAUAUAGUCAUAAUGCUUCGCUCUAAGGCGGAAUGGAGUAUUACCGUUAACGGUUUCUUGUUUUCUACGAUCGUAUGGCUUAUGAGGUGGUUACCUGUAUUCUGUCAUACAUUUAAAUUGACGUCGAUACGAAAUGUAACUACAUACCUGGGAUACAAAAUGGCGGAAGAAAUGCUAGGUGUACGCCAGAACUCUUAUAACCGAUUCACCAAACGUUUUUUUCAUGCUAAGUUACGCUCACUUAAGAAUUACAGCAUAAGAUGGCCAUCAACUCGCGACGAAUGCCAGGAUAUUAUCGCUGGAUUUGCAAUACCCUCUCGAGGAAAUGGUUGUAUUCGUUUAAAGGAAUGUAUCAGGGCCAUUGGUGGAGAAUUAAUAGUGGCCCAAAAGCCCUCCGCCUUUGGCAAUACUUGCUUAGAUCUCCAGAAUUUUUGCUCAAGGAUCCAACUUCUUAUAUUGUUGGAGGUACGUGAUUCAGCAUAUCCGAUCAUCAGACAUUGCUUGACUUCUUACCGACGCACUCGUGACAUUACACUUGCUCAGACAAAGUAUAACACAGUUCAUUCGUCAACUAGAUUUCCGACUGAAAAUUACUUUGGGUUAUUCGUUGCCAAAUGGCGGUUUUUGUACAGAAAUUUGGAUGUUUUAGACUUGAAAGAAUUACCAAGAUGA